GCCGCUCUGGAUGGCCGGCCUGUCGAGAGUUCUUCGAGUGUCAACCCCGGGCGAGGUGUCAGACGAUAGAAAUCUCCUUCAUUUGGACGACCCCAAAGGCUCAUCCGCCUUUACGACAACGGACCUGAGAGAAGCUCGAGCUUACGGGAAUAUUGGAAAUAGGCACCAUCAUCCAAACUGGGGUUUGGUCGGCAAACUAGUCGCUUCUGCACAGCUUACAGGUCAACCUGCGAGUUUUGACAUCGGAAACACUUGGAUAGACAAUUUCCGAAUAUUCCUUGAGAUUGUUGAGAUGGUAUUGAUUGCCAACGAUGCGGCCGUGUCGAACAUGCCAGUUGCUUUGUUACCAAUUUCGACCACAUACUUUCUUUAUUGUCAGCCUUCAGGAGUGAUGCUC